AUGGCGAAUCAGGGCCCGUAUAAUUAUUCAUAUAUUUUUAAAUAUAUUAUUAUCGGUGAUAUGGGUGUUGGAAAAAGUUGUCUACUUCAUCAAUUUACAGAAAAAAAAUUUAUGGCUGAUUGUCCACAUACAAUUGGUGUGGAAUUCGGUACACGUAUUAUUGAAGUUAACGGACAAAAAAUCAAACUACAAAUAUGGGAUACUGCUGGUCAAGAACGUUUUCGUGCAGUAACACGUAAUUUAUUAUUGUUUUAUUAUUAUUAUUAUUGUCAUUAUUUUUGUUUUUGUCAAGGUUCGUAUUAUCGUGGAGCGGCUGGCGCUUUAAUGGUUUAUGAUAUAACUCGACGUGCUACUUAUAAUCAUUUAAGCGGAUGGCUUACGGAUGCAAGAAGUCUAACCAAUCCAAAUACAGUUAUUUUUCUUAUUGGUAAUAAAGGUGAUUUAGAUGGUCAACGUGAAGUAACCUAUGAUGAAGCUAAACGAUUUGCUGAUGAAAAUGAUUUAUUAUUUCUUGAAACAUCAGCUAAAACAGGAGAUCAUGUUGAAGAUGCAUUUAUUGAAACAGCAAGAAAAAUUUAUCAAAAUAUCCAAGAUGGUUCACUUGAUUUAAAUGCAGCUGAAUCAGGUGUACAACCUAAACCAACUCCAACAUCACGUACAGCAAAUGGUACAACUGGUUUAGAUGGUAAUGGACAAGGUGGUGAUUCAAAAUGUCAAUGUUAA